AUGGCCGAGCAAUAUGGACGCCGCUUGAUGGUUGGCGUCCUUGAGGAGGAGGCGCAACAUAACCCCCAGCGCGUUUUCGCUUUGAUACCUGCAUCGUCCGACUUGCAAGAUGGAUUUCGUCAAGUGACCUUCCAACAGAUGAAAGCUGCGGUGGAUUAUACGGUCCACUGGCUUCAAGCUGCAUUUGGCACGUUCUCUUUACACGAGACUUUGGCUUACGUUGGAGUGCCAGAUCUGCGAUACAACAUUCUCUUUUAUGCUGCUCUGAAGCUUCGUCUGAAGGUCUUCCUUCCCUCGCCCCGCAAUCCGCCUGCUACCAAUGCCUCCCUCUUUGAGCAGACUCAAUGUACGAAACUGGUAUGCUCGCCAGAGCUGGCGCCAAUGGCAGAGAAGAUCCAACUAGCUGUCAGCUCACUGCGUUGCUUGAUAUUCCCACCGUUGGAUGAGCUCCUCACGGCCCGGCCGGUACCAGUACCUUAUACAUUCGACUUCGAUCAAGUCCGACGGGAGCCCAUCCUUAUCUUGCACUCCUCAGGAUCUACAGGAAUACCAAAACCGGUGACGAUGACGCACGGAAGUUUUGCUGUUGUGGACAACGACCGCAACUUCCCGACCAUUCCCGGCCGUCGCAAUCAUGACUUGACGACGUGGGAUUUCCCUCCUGGCAGUUACCUGUAUGUGCCGUUUCCGCCCUUUCACCUGGCGGGAUUCUUCAAUAAUGUCAUGCUGCCUGUCUUCACGAAGACAGUCCCAGUAUUCGGUCCUCCGACGCGUCUGCCAAGCGGAGGGCUUGCUGCACAAAUACUCCGGAGCCUAGACGUCCGAGGCUGUUUUCUGCCACCCACGAUUGCUGCGGAACUAUACCACGAACCGGAUGGACCAGACCUGCUCAAGAGGCUUGACGUCCUCUGCUAUGCAGGAGGACCAUUACCGGAAGCCAUUGGAAACGAAUUAGUCAAGCAUGUACAACUUUGCCAGUUCUAUGGCUCUACGGAAAUAGGCCAAGUUCGGCAACUUGUUCCACCUAAAGAACACUGGCAAUACAUGGAAUUCCAUCCGCUGGGAAAUCAGGAACUUCAGCCUGCCGAUGACGAUGCUUAUGAGAUGGUUAUUUAUGCUAACGAAGAGACGGAAGACUUUUCGGCUUUGAAUCACAACUUCCCCGGUGUUCGCGAGUAUCGUACUAAGGAUUUGUUCAAGCCGCAUCCGACUCAGCCGGGGCUCUGGAAGUUUCAUGCUAGACGUGAUGACAUCAUUGUUCUCUCCAGCGGAGAGAAAGUCAACCCUAUUCCAAUGGAACUUGGUGUUGAGGCUGUUUCUGGUGUUGCUGGCGCCUUAGUCGCUGGUCAAGGCCAGCCACGAGUGGCCUUGCUUGUCGAGCUGAAACCAGAUCAUGGACUUGGCCCGGAUCCCGUGGCUGCUCUUUGGCCUCGGGUCGCUGAAUUGAACGCAAACACCUCUGGUCCAGGUCGUGUUUCGAAAUCGAUGAUACUGGUUGCGGAUGCCAAAAAGCCCUUUGUCCGGGCAGCCAAGGGCACUGUUGUGCGUAAAUUGACUCUUGCAGCUUAUGAAACCGAGCUCAAAGCGCUGUUCGAAGGCUCUCACACGCGAUCGCAACCGAAGGCCUUGAAGCCAACAGCAUUCCGUCUGAACGACGUGAAAACUCUCAUUCACUCAAUCGCUGAGGAUGUUCUUGAUCGUCAGGACGUCAACGACGCAGAGAAUCUGUACAUUCAGGGACUUGAUUCUGUCAAGACGCUUGAAACGAUUGAGCAAUUGAGAGAGAGCCUCAAAUCCCACUCGAGCGAACCCCUGCGCUGGCUAUCACCAGAGAUUCUCUACAAUUACCCAACUGUCAAUGAGCUCUCUACAGUCUUACUAGAGUGGUUAAACACUGGCGCACAUCCGAAACAGACGGACAGGGUUGCCAAAGUGAGAGACAUGCUCAGUCUCUACGAGGCAUCUCUGCCAACAAGCUCUGUGUCUCAAUCCGGUGAUAGUGCCCGCGAAACAUUGAGCGUCGUCCUUAUAGGCUCAACAGGCUACCUGGGACAAUAUCUUCUUACGGCACUUUCACAAGACCCCCGCGUCGGUCGAAUUAUCUGCUUGAAUCGUUCCGCUACGGCGCGUGAGCGAUGGGCAGCCCACACAAACCAAAGUCAAAGCGAGUGGGAGAAUAAGAUACGCUUUAUACAAGUGGAUUUCACGAAAGACGCGUUUGGCCUCCAAGAGAACGUCUACAAUGAGUUGAAAGAUGAGUGCGACGUUAUUCUGCAUUCCGCGUGGCAGGUCAAUUUUGUCCUUCCUCUCGCCACUUUCACAGACAGCCUGAGCGGUCUCCUGAACUCCAUAAAGCUUGCUGCUGCUUCUAAACGUCGUCCACGUCUUCUAUACAUGUCUUCGAUAGCUGCCACAGGCGUUUUUGGAAAGCCCGGAUCUCCCAAGAAACUGGUGCCUGAAGACGCUGUGAACGAUGCAGACGAAGCAAUGCGGACCGGGUACGCAGAGUCCAAGCAUGUGGCUGAACAGCUGAUCCGCGCUGCCAAUACUAAAUCUGGAUUGCUUGCGAGCGUGUUGAGAAUCGGCCAGAUUGCGCCAGCGUCGUCUAGCUCCCACAAGAUCAUAUGGCCGGCAACGGACUCUUCGACGUCGCUUUUGAGAACAUCAAAGACAUUGCAGGCGGUGCCUACCGAUCUGUUGGAUAUCGACUGGUUGCCUGUCGAUGUCGUUGUGAGUAUCAUCCAGAGCAUUAUGCAUCAAGAUUGCUCUGCGACAGCACCAACGGAAAUUCGAUACUACAAUCUGGUCAAUCCCGUCCCUACGCCUUGGUCGGAAGUCGUUCCUUCAAUCCAGAGUUGGUGUGGCAAGACUACCGUCACCAAAACCCUAAAAGAAUGGAUAAAAGUAUUGAAGAGUCAGAGUUUCAAGCACGAUCCGCAGCAGCUGCCGGCUCUUCGGCUACUCAGCUUCUUCGAACUACUGUCAGAAAGAGGCGAUACUCAUGGGUACCACCAAGAGAAUCUCCUAAAAGUCAUCGGCAAUACUCUUGAUAUCAGACCCGUCGACGCGAAACAGUUGGAAGCUUGGCUUGCAGCAUUGGAGUGA